AUGAUAACGGUUCCUCAUACUCCUCCCCAUACUCCUCCACCAAGUAACUUCUUUCUGUGUUCCACUUGUGGAAGACAAUUCAAAAGUUCGCGAGGCUUAACACAACACACUAGGGUAAUUAAAAAAUAUAAUCAACGCCAAGGUCUUGAUGAUGUGCCUGCUAAUACAAUUUCCGAAUUUAAAGAAAUUUUGGUGAUGGAGAUACACAAAAAAUUGGUUUUAAAUUUUAGGUCUAUGGGAAAGAAGUUGGUAUCUAUACCAUGUCCUGAAAGUAUUUUUUUUUCCAUUUUUUCCGGGCAUAUUCAUUAUUAUUCUAAAGCAAAAGGAAAUUACAAAUGUAUCUUUCAUGGUGAUAGUGCAUAUCAAAUUUUAAGUGAAAUUUUGAAUUCUGAUCAAUGGGGAAAAAAAGGUUAUUCGCAAAAACAAGAAACGUAUGUUGUAUGUUUGAAUCCUACUCCGUGGAAUUCUAAUUCACAUGAUCAAUCAGAAGAAAUAGAUCCUCUUGAGCAAUUGAUUCAUCAACAAUCUAAAAAUUACAAGAAAACUAGACGGCCAAAAUUUUCGCAUGGAGAAAUUUUAGUGGAAUGGAAAAAACGUGUAUCAAGAGAAAUUAACGGAAAUUUAUGUACAGCAGGAGUAAAAAAAAAAAUAAAUAAAAAAUUGAAAUUGGUAAACACGUUAUAUAUUAAUUAA